GCCCAGGUGGGGUCGCAGCCUCACAGGCUCAGGAGCCCAGGCUGAGCCUCGGUCCCGCUGCCCAGCUUGCUCGGCUCCUCGCUGCACCCUUCGGCCAUGGUGCCCCCAUCUCCGCAUCGACCCUUCAGGGACCUGGAACCAUCGCCCAGCCUGGCCUGGCCUGGCCUCCACCAUGCUCCUGCUGCCGCUGGCCCUGCUGCUGGGGGCUGCCAUGGCUGCUCCCCGGGCACCAAGACCCUCCAAGGAGGAGCUAACUCGCUGUCUGGCAGAGGCGGUCACAGAGAUGCUGACCCUGGGCCAGGUCCAGGGAGGACCCUGCACAGCUCUUCUCCACAGAGAGAUGUGCGAGACAGAGCCCUCCGGCUGCCUGUCACCGGGGGAGAAAGCCUGGCUGGACGGGGACUUCAAGAAGCGGGAGGCUGCAAAGAUGAGGACCAGCCAGGAGGUGAGAGGCGAGGAUGGAGAGGAGGCGGCGGAGAGGACCCACACGUCUGAGAUGCAGGAGCAGGCCAUCCACGAGCAGCUGCACAGCCGGCUCCGCCAGGAGGAAGAGGAGGAGGAGGAAGAGAAGAGGGGCCCCGUGAACCACGAGAGCCUGUGGAAGCGCCAUCUAGAGGAGGCAGGGGGCCCCCAGAAGCAAGUGACAGAGAAGGCCAGUGACGAGGAGACAGCCCAGUUCGAGGAAGAGGAGAAAGGCUUGAAGAUGCUGGGUGGGCGCCACAGCCUGCGGCACGGGACCGACAGGGGCGGAGGAGAGAGGCACAGGGACCCUGCGCACCACCCUCACCAGCAGCAGCGGCCAGGCCCUGAGGCCAAGCAGGAGGAGGAGGAAGAGGCUUCCGAGAGGGAGGAGCACGACCUGCAGCGGCUGGAGCACGUGCGGGCGGAGCUGCAGAAGGCCAGCGCCAUGCUGGGGCAGGCGGCCAGGAGGGAGGGCUGAUCCCACCCAGCCCUCCCCCAGUGCACCCUGGGGCCUGGGACCGUUGACCCCAAGCCCCCCACUCCACCUGGCACCCCACUCCACCCCUCAGCCUGGGUGGGGGGACGGGUGUGCUCUGGAACCAAGCCUGAGGGGAGCUGGGAGGUCUGGGCUGUCUCAACUCAGGAAACAGCCCCCCCGCCUGUCACCCACCGCAUACCUGAGUGAAUAAAGCACAGAG